UUCUUGGAGACAAUGAUUUACCGCUUGGCAUUUAGUUUUAAGCCUCGCGGUGGACUAGCAGAGCCUGUCAUGUCGUUUGUUUCCCGAUUAUUGAAAAGAAGAGGAUAUAAUGGAUUGAUUGAUACAGGUUCUUGUGAAAAGUGUUUUAUUUGGCACCAUUCAGCUACAAAUACCCAAUGUAAUCUUUGCCGGUGGAAUUGUGACCUCAAUCAAGUGAAUCAACUGCUGCAAAUUGUUUCAAACAUUUUACACCUGCAGUUAGUGAUGAGUGCAACAGAAGUUUUUAUCGGGACCUCGUCCGACAUCAUAGGUACAACUGGUCACUGUGAUUUCUUAAAUAACAGGACAUAUUGUGAAGGCGCCUAG